UAUAUAAUACAUAUACUUACAAGCGAGAGAAGUCCCUUCCGUUAUCGACAAAAAUGGCAGCUCGAAGAAUCUCCGGCUUCAUCUCCCGUUCUCUUUCGUCUUCAAUCGCUUCUCCAGGAAGAACGUGUAACUUGAGAAGUGAAAUACAAAGAUUUAGCACUGCUGCUGCACUUCAGGAACCAAUUACUCCACCUGUUCGUAUUAAUUACAGUCAGCUUCUAAUUGAUGGGAAAUUUGUUGAUGCAGCAUCCGGGAAGACAUUUCCAGCCUUUGAUCCGCGGACAGGGGAAGUCAUUGCCAAUGUAGCCGAAGGUGACGCAGAGGAUAUAAAUCGUGCAGUUUCUGCUGCUCGCAAGGCUUUUGAUGAAGGCCCGUGGCCUAAAAUGACUGCUUAUGAGCGGUCGUGUGUCUUGCUGAGAUUUGCUGAUUUGGUGGAGAAACACAACGAUGAGCUUGCAGCCCUUGAGUCAUGGAACAAUGGGAAGACUUAUGAGCAGGCUGCGAAAAGUGAAGUACCAAUGCUUGCACGUCUAUUUCGCUAUUAUGCUGGUUGGGCAGAUAAGAUCCAUGGUCUAACGGUUCCAGCCGAUGGACCUUACCAUGUGCAAACUUUGCAUGAACCAAUUGGCGUUGCCGGUCAGAUCAUUCCAUGGAACUUUCCUCUUCUUAUGUUUGCAUGGAAAGUUGGGCCUGCCCUUGCUUGCGGCAACACCAUCGUUCUGAAAUCUGCAGAACAAACUCCAUUGACCGCUCUUUAUGCUGCAAAAUUGCUCCUCGAGGCUGGUCUUCCUCCUGGUGUUCUUAAUGUAGUUUCAGGCUUUGGUCCUACUGCUGGUGCAGCUCUUGCUAGCCAUAUGGAUGUUGAUAAGAUUGCUUUUACAGGAUCAACAGAAACUGGUAAAAUUGUGCAAGAAUUGGCUGCAAAAAGCAAUCUUAAGGCAGUGACUUUAGAGCUUGGAGGGAAAUCGCCUUUUAUCGUGUGCGAGGAUGCUGACAUAGAUAAGGCUGUUGAACUAGCACACUUUGCUCUCUUCUUCAAUCAAGGCCAAUGUUGUUGCGCUGGUUCUCGUACAUUUGUUCAUGAGCGGGUACAUGAAGAGUUCUUGGAGAAAUCAAAAGCCCGUGCUCUAAGACGCACCGUUGGUGAUCCUUUCCAGAAGGGCAUUGAACAAGGCCCUCAGAUCGACUCGGAGCAAUUUGAGAAGAUUCUACGAUACAUAAAAUCUGGGGUUGAAAGCAAUGCUACCCUUGAAUGCGGAGGUGACAGAUUCGGCUCCAAAGGUUUCUACGUCCAACCAACUGUUUUCUCCAAUGUUAAGGAUGACAUGCUGAUAGCAAAAGAUGAGAUCUUUGGUCCUGUUCAGUCCAUCCUGAAAUUCAAGGAGAUUGACGAGGUGAUAAAGAGGGCUAACGCGACACGAUAUGGGCUUGCAGCCGGUGUGUUCACGCAAAACCUCGAUACGGCUAACCGAUUGAGCCGGGCAUUGAGGGCUGGGACAGUUUGGGUGAAUUGCUUUGAUGUUUUUGAUGCUGCAAUUCCUUUUGGAGGGUAUAAGAUGAGUGGUAUUGGAAGAGAGAAGGGUAUUUACAGCCUUCACAAUUACUUACAGGUGAAGGCUGUCGUUACCGCUCUCAAAAAUCCAGCAUGGUUGUAAUUAUCUCUCUUUACUCCUCAAGCACCAAUGAGAACAAGAAUAACAUAUUCCCACUUUACCCUUUUCUUAUAAGAUAUCAUUUAGUCCCAUAC